ACAGCUAGCCUAUUCCUCGUGCAUCACCUAAUGUAUCAUAACCCGUUCCAACACUAUUCAAUGACUUUGCAACAUAUGGAUGACUUCCUUUAAAUAAUAUUUUUAAUAUUUCAAAUUAUUUUCAUGAUAUUUUGUUCAAUUUUUGAAAUCGCAUAAUUUAUUCUGCUCGUAUUUUGCGAGUUUUACAUGUAAAGAGGCUGAAUUUUCAUUGUCUUCAAUUUUUUGUACCAAAUUCAAGUUUAUCAAUUUAUGUGCAUUUCUAAUAUAUAUGUCUGCUUUAGUCCAGUCGUCGUUGGGCUUAUAAGAAAUUUUCGGCAUUUUACUAUUGAUUGCUUUAAUCAACUUUUCUAUUAUCGUCUUUUUUGCAUACACAUUUCAGAAUUCUUUUCUUUUUCGGUAUAUUUUUCAAUUAUGUCUUUUAUUAUUGAAUGUAUCUUUAUUCCUAUUACCACUACCGAAAAUAUCGAUGACCAUGAAAAAUGCAGGCAGUUUUGAUUCAGUGGGUACAUACUCAAGCAUGAAAUUUCAAGGAAUAGGCUAGCUGUUCUUGCAGACGAAGUGGCCGCUUCUCCAUCGCCUGCAACUAGUUAAGAGAGUAAAAUUUAGCGGGUGUAGCUAGCUGCAGCGGGUCAAACCCGUCACAGUACUAGUUGCAGCGGAUACAUAUAUAUAUACCUAUAUACAAUCGGAGAAAAUAUGAACAUUUGUUGGUGGUUUUGGUUGUUGUAUCAAAUAACAGAUAGCUAUGUGAAUUGCAUAAACUUCUGAGUAAAGAAAAGAAAAGAAAUGAUUUUUGUCGCAGUUCUUAUAUUGAAGGGUAUGUGAAAGAUUGAAUUUUAAAGCAAUUUACCGGGUGUCCCAAAAGUUUUGCAACAUCGUAUGUUUUUCGAAUAUUUCAGCCUAGAUACAACGUAGAUUAUUCAAUCUGUUUUCAAAAGAUGAGCAAUUUAAUUCGCUACAAAAUUGAUGUUGACUAGGAAGUCAUCCAUAUGUUGCAAAGUCAUUGAAUAGUGUUGGAACGGGUUAUGAUACAUUAGGUGAUGCACGAAAAGGAUUAGAAUACUUCGAACAAGCAUUAGAAAUGAGACGAGAUUUAUAUAAAGAAAGUCAUCCAGAUGUUGCAAAGUCAUUGAAUAAUGUUGGAAUGAGUUAUGUUAUACGCGGAUAUCAUCAAAUUAUGCACGGAUACAGAUCCUCAGAUGUCUGA